UUUAAAAGAUGGCUAUAUUCUAGGAAAUUUACCAAACGUCUUUCACUUUUCUUUAUUUCAACGUCUGAAGUCAGCCAUAGCCAUCCAGGCAAUGAUACCUCAGUCCUCUGAAUAGAAAUUUCCCCACUUUCCUUUUUCGCCUUCAACAAAAACCCUCAUCAAAGAUGAAAAAACAAAACGAAAUGGCUCAAUUUCGCUAAAAACGAGCCCCCCCUCUGAACGACACGGCAAGUUUCCUCUUUCCUCUUCGCCGACAGCAUGCACCUCUUCUUCUUCCCUUUUCCCCCUUCACAUCCCACACAGAAGAAGAAAAAAAGCCGUUGACUUUUCUUUUUCUUGGCUUAACUCAAAGACCCCAAUUUGUCGGAAAAAAAGGCUGAAAAAUGGAGCAAGGGAUACUUGAUGAUAUUAUAAAUCGGCUUUUGGAAGUUCGGGGUCGACCAGGGAAACAAGUGCAGCUAUCAGAAUCGGAGAUCCGACAACUUUGUGUUGUUUCUAGAGAGAUUUUCUUACAACAACCUAAUUUGUUGGAACUUGAAGCACCCAUCAAGAUUUGUGGUGAUAUUCAUGGUCAAUAUUCUGAUCUUUUAAGGCUUUUUGAGUAUGGUGGAUUGCCUCCAAAUGCCAACUACUUGUUUUUGGGGGAUUAUGUCGAUCGAGGCAAGCAGAGUCUGGAGACAAUAUGUCUUCUUCUUGCUUACAAGAUAAAAUACCCUGAAAACUUUUUCCUGUUGAGGGGAAACCAUGAAUGUGCUUCGAUAAACCGCAUAUAUGGUUUCUAUGAUGAGUGUAAGAGACGAUUUAAUGUUAGGCUAUGGAAGACAUUCACGGAUUGUUUUAACUGCCUGCCAGUGGCUGCGCUAAUUGAUGAGAAGAUUCUGUGCAUGCAUGGAGGCCUUUCUCCUGAUCUGAAUAAUUUGGAUCAGAUUAGAAAUUUACAACGCCCAACCGACGUACCAGACACAGGUUUGCUUUGUGAUCUUCUCUGGUCGGAUCCCAGUAAAGAUGUUCAAUGUUGGGGAAUGAACGACAGGGGAGUUUCAUUUACUUUUGGUCCCAACAAAGUGUCAGAGUUUCUACAGAAACAUGACCUAGAUCUCAUUUGCCGUGCCCACCAGGUUGUGGAAGAUGGAUAUGAGUUCUUUGCCAACCGACAACUUGUAACCAUAUUUUCAGCACCCAAUUACUGUGGGGAGUUUGAUAAUGCUGGAGCCAUGAUGAGUGUGGACGAGACUUUGAUGUGCUCCUUUCAAAUAUUGAAGCCUGCAGAUAAGAAGUCAAAGUUUAACUUUGGGAGCACAACCACAACCAAGCCUGGAAACCCUUCAACAGGCAUCUUUGGGAGCACAACCACAGCAAAGCCUGGAAACUCUCCAGCAGGAGUCAAGUCAUUCCUUGGUACAAAGGUAUGAAAGCAGCACUUGCAGGGUGGAAGCCGGAGCCCAGUUACACCAGGAACGGACCAGAAUUGCAGUUAAGAAAACUUGAGGUCCUUUUAAUUUCAAUAUAAUAUGCUCAAUUAGUAAAAAAUGGAAGAGAAAAGUCAUUAGAAUCUGAUGCAAAAGAUUGUUUCUCAGAUAAAUUUGGGUUUGAAGGUAGAAGGCUGUAAUUUCCUUCUCUUCCUCCAUGUACACUAAUAGCUGCUACAGUUGCUGCUAUGAAUUUAUUAGGUUGUUGCAGUUAAGGUUUUCACUCAUUCUGCUCUGAAUCCAUGAAGUUUGUUGGAAUGGUUAAUGGCCUUUUCUUGGUGAUUAAGGGACAGCAAAUUGAAUUUGGUACAAUUCUGAUGCAUCAUUCUCUGAUACUUUUUCUGUUUCAUGCAAUAUGCUACUGGAUAGAUGUUGAUGCAAAUAACCUUGAAAACUUGCUAAUGGCCUCUAAUUUGAGAGUUUUAAGAUUGAAUCAUUGACAUGUGAAAAUGAUUAUGUGAGAUUGAGAACAUCCAUUGAAACUAUUGCAGCAGAAGUGAAGAACGGUGUACAGGGAAAGAUUGAAAACCAAGCUUUUUGCAUCCUGUAUGCCUCAGAAAGGCCUAUUUUUGUUGUCAGAUCUGUCACCAUUUUCUUGUAUGAAGGCCAAUGUCUAAAUGAAAUAUUCAGAACAAUGGUUUCUUAUACAAGGCAAAAAUGAAAACCAUUGAGAAUAAUGGAAAUUUAAUAUCCAAAGAAAUGCAAUCUAGCAAUUAACAUGAUUAUUGCACAAAAAAGUUACCUUCUCAUGUGUAACUCUAAAUCUUAAUGAAUCUAAAAAUUAUUGCACAAAAAAUGUUGAUCCUUAGGUGGUGCUUUAAUAAAAUUGGGCAAUACUAAUUUGUUUUACCGCCAUCGGUAGGCUUUUUUUUUUAUCGAUUUGUAAGUUCGAUAUAAAUUUUUAUUAUUUUUUUGAUAGACGAUUUGUAAAUUUAAUGUAAUUUUCAUUUGGAGUAAUCUUCCUUCAACUAAAUGUUUUUCAUACAAAAUAGAGAGCAACGCUAAACAUAAGGAAAUAGCCAGAAAUGUUUAUUAGUAAGUCAAACACAAUUUGAUUCAAAAAAAAAAAAAAGAAAACCCAAGUUGAUUUUUUUAAAAAAAGACAAGAAAAAAAG